AUGUCUUUACAAUCUCUAUAUUCAGGAAAUAGUGGCAACGCGACCGCAAAUGGCCAUCAUAUAAAUGUAAAUGGAACAGCUGCUCCUCCACCACGUCCACCUCAACGAAAUCAAAGAAGGAGGAGGAGAUUCGGAGAAGAGCCUCAAAACAAUGAGGAUGCAAGUCAGCUACAAUUCGGUCCAGCUCAAUCGUCUCUAGAUUUUGCAGCUGCAGAGCAUCUCACAAUCACCGAAGCUGCAUUGAUCCUAUCACCACGAAAGAUGGCCGUCAAUCAGGCUGAUACAAGCGGAAACGAUGUAUUAAGGAAAACAAUCGAAUUUUGUGAUCAGUUUGGACUAUCCUCUGCUCACGAACAAGUCGUCACAACUCGAGAAAUUAUAAAUAACACUGUACAGAAGCUGGACAAGUUUGAAGUCGCAAAAUUCUUAGAUUUGCAACCUGAUGAUGUUGACCAAGUCAAAACUCUCAUACCGAGCAUGGGUCGACUGACGGAAGAAGACUUGGUCAAUCUAGUCACCCUCAGUGUGGGAUUACGGCAGGAAUUAUUGGUUGAUGAAACAGAUGAAAUGGACCUGCAGUAA